CACAGCCAGCCACAUCACAACCAGAACAGCUCAGAGCCCUCUGAUAAUCAAAACAGUAAACAUCUACUGUACCUAUUGAACAAGGAACUACAGUACAGAAAGAAUGGCCCAAGACAUGAAGAGCACUGUUGUGGAGGUUGGGCUGCAGGGAGCUGGAGCCGUGGAGGAGCAGACAAAGAUGACGGGCGCCUCACGGCCCUCAAAGAGCUGGAAGAUUGGUAUGGCUCUACUGGCCAUAGGACUGUGUGCUGCUUCUGCCAUCUUCUUCACAAUCAACAACAACCAGAAACGAGAUGUCACAGAGGGAAGUGAAGGUUUGACACACCAUUUGAGACAAAUCUCUAAAAGGCACCAAGGGACCAACCAAAUGGCCAUUCAUUUAGAAGGAGAGAAGGGUGCCAACACUUUGACGUGGAGCGUCGACACCGACCAGGCCUUCGAAAGGGGCCUGAAGCUGGUGGACAACGAGAUCGUUAUUCCCAAGAAGGGCAUGUACUUCGUCUACAGCCAGGUGUCCUUCAGCAUCCGCAACUGUGGCCCUGAGCAGGACCUGCUGAGCCACGCCGUCAUGCGCCAGUCGAAGGUGUUCGACGGGAAGCGGGCGCUGCUGCGAACGGUGCGCUCCAGCUGCGAGCGCAAGUCGGCGCAGGAGGACGACUACUGGUACGGCGCCAUCAACCUGGGAGCCGUCUUCAGCCUGGAGGAGGGCGACCGGCUGAGCACCCUCACACAGCCCAUGGCCUCCGUGGAGGACGAGAGUGGGAAGACCUUCUUUGGAGUGUUUGCUCUCUAAGUGUGUGUGUGUUUGUGUGUGUGUGUGUGUGUGUGUGUGUGAGUGAGACUCAGUGAAUGUAUGAUCUGAUGUGUCUCAGGAGGGAAUAGGAGAGCAAUAUUUCAAGUUGUGAAAAGAAAGAAUUGUUUUAUGUUAAAACAAUGUUCUCUCCGUUGUGGAGCUGAUGAUCAUGAUCUCAUGUGGGUACUGAUGUAGAAUAUGCACAGUGUUAUAUAUUUUAUUUAUAUAUUUACAUUCAUAUUUCACUGUGAUGACUGUGGACCACUACAUAAGACUAACAGCCAACCCAAGGCUGUAAUGAAUGUAUUGUAUUUAAUUGACUUCAUUAUUUAUUUUUAUAAUGUAUUUUAUUUAUAUAUUUGAAUGUGUGCACAUUGCUGGCAAUAACGUAUGCU